AUGGAAAAGGCAAGAGGUAUUGAUCCAGAAGUUCCUGAUCCUAUGAAAAAGGCAGGUAAUAUUAAUGUAACUGGUUCUAAAGGAGGAAUCACAGGUAUGAUGGCAGGUGCAGGUGCUGCCAGAAUGGUGGGUUCUGGAAUGGGUGAAAAGAUGAUGAAGCAAGAAGCGAAAUCAGAGAUGAAGAAAGCCACUGACACUUUGCAAUCUAUGGAAGAAAAGGGUUUUAACAAAGUUGAAGAGAAGGUAGGAAUGAAUGCGAUGGAAUCACAAGCUGUCAAGGGAAUGAUGAAGGAUAAUGGUAUGAUGAAGGGUGAGGGAAUGAUGAAGCCUGAAGGAAUGAUGAGAGAUGAAGGAAUGAUGAAGGCUGAAGGAAUGAUGAAGGCUGAAGAAAUGAUGAAAGAUGUAGCUUCUGGAAGAGAAAUGAAGAAUGCUACAACUUCAGGCAUGAUGCAAAGUGGAAAUAUUGAUAAAGGUGAAAAAUUUACUAAUGCAAGGAAGAUGGACAUUCCAAUGGAGAGAACAGAAAAGAAAGAUUCGAACAUCUAUUCUAAUAAACCAGUUUCAGGGAGCCAUAUUGAAGAGUUGAAGAAGAAUGAGUUUGAUUCCUCUGGUAUUUUCAAGCAGGAGUCCGCACCACCAAUUCCAUAUCGUGAAGGUGUAGGAAAGGAAAAGGGAUUCAGAGACACUUUUGGUACCAUUGAAGAGUCUGAAAAAAAUAAACUUGGUGUGACUGAACCAACUGUCACUCCUAUAAUUUCAAAAGAUUCUAGACAUUCUGAUAAAUCUCGGGAAAGUAGACAACAUUCUAAGAAUAAACCUACGACUUCUCAUUUUGAAAGUGACAUUGAAUUAAGAGAAAGAAGACAGCAAAGACAAAGAAGCAUUGGAUCAGAAGAUGUCGGCUCAUAUGCAAUGUCUAUAGGUAACAUGCCAAGUCUUGUUGAUCCAUCAGUUAAUACUUAUGGUUUUAAAAGUCGCAGAAAGAGUCACUUAACUGCUCUUGGAGCCCAGCCAGAAUACUCAUUAGGGGAUGCUGAACCUAAUUUGUAUAGGAAAGUUUCAGUAGGUUCCUCACCAGGGGCAAGUUCAGAGUCUAUUUCAUCUGAAGAAAGAGAAGAAGGGCAUGAAGAAGGAAUGAGAUACUUCUUUGAAGGUAACACACCAAGAAGUGAAGCCAAUCAACCAAAAGAAGUUAAAACACAUCACCAUCAUCAUCGUCAAAAGAAAGAGACAUCCCAAACUGAGGAAUCAAUGUUUACUAAGUUCCGGAAAUCUUUCAUGAGACCAACAUUGUGA